AUGGUUUCAUCGGAUCCAUCAUUCAACCCUUAUCUUGAUGUGUUCUUCUCCCAGUCGCUGACCACGCUUGGUGUUGCUGGCUUUAUCGCGUCCUUUGUUAGCUUCCUGGCUUACCUGUCCUACACUCCAAAGGUGGACAAACGUGCCCCUGCUUUUACCUCCUAUACAGUGCCCAUCAUUGGAUCCUGGAGAUUCUAUACCCAGAAGUUAGGAUUCUGGAGAGACGCGGUAAACGAGUCCAAAAAUGGACACUUCAGCUUCUGGCUCGGGAAGAACCAUAUCGUCGGCGUAUCUGGCGAAGCUGCCCGGAAGAUGUAUCUGGAUCAUCGUUCCCUACAUCUUAUCAAGGGCAUUACCCUGAUUGGGCAUGGCCCAGACUUCAUCAACGGGCGAUCAACCGUCAUCCAUGAUAUCUGGAAGCCGGCAUUCAGCAACAACAAGACAUAUGCACAACGCCGGCUACUCGAUUUCCAGAAAUCGGAACAGCUCCAAAAACGCCUCCCCCGUAUAAAACAAGACGCGCGGGAGACCUUUGAAGCUUUGGCUAAGGCUCCAUCUCCCGUUACCAAUCCGGCCAAGACAUGCUUCGGUCUUGUUGUUAGGCAGGGCUCUCGUUUCAUGUUCACGGAUGAGGUGGCCGACACUCCUUCGAUAAUGGCAACGCUUCUGAAAACGCUACCUGUGCUCCAAGGGACUAGCAGUCUACAUCUGCUCUCCUUCCCAUGGCUAUCGUACUUCAGCCCCGCAUACUGGAAGCGCCGCUGGGGCCGCAGGGUGUUAACCAACAUCGUAGUUCCAAUUGUCAAUAAGCGCAUGAGCAAGGAUGCUAAACCACGCGAUGAUCCUCUGCAGCUGUUGAUCGACAGCGGUGAUAGCAAAGAUUACAUCACCCAGUUCAUGAUCAGCAUGCUCUUCAUCGUCGGUGCCAAUGCUGGCAUUAUCUCUGGCGCCAUGCUCAACAUCAUGGCUCACCAUCCACAUUGGCAAGAGAAGGUCUACCAGGAAAUCAAAGCUGCCGCAGCCAAGUAUUCCAAGAACAAGGAUAGGCCUUUGGUCGAACAGCUGGAUGAUUUGCCCCUUGAAGCAUGGGAGUUGUCAUUCCCUUCCAUCGACCUUUGCUACAAAGAGGCCAUUCGCAUGUGGGUCGCUUUCCCAAUGGGCCGCUUCAAUGACACGUCGGAACCUAUCCCCAUUCCCGGAUCCGACGAGGUCAUUCCGCCCGGCAGCUUUGCCUGCUACAACACUGUCGAUGUGCACUACAACGAGAAGCUGUACCCGGAUCCAAUGAGGUGGGAUCCAGAGCGCUUUCUCGAAGGACGGGAAGAGUUCAAACGGGAAGCAUAUGGCUAUAUGGGAUGGGGCGGAGGCCGUCAUCCCUGCACAGGCAUGCGUUGGGCAAAGUUGCAGCAAAACAUUAUGUUGGGAUAUGCUUUGGCAAUGUACGAAUGGAGCGGCUGCGAUGCGCAGGGCAAUCCCAACCCACACUUUGCUCAGCCAACUACCGCAUUGAACGAACUCGCGCCCCGCCUUCCCACCGGGCAGUACUGCAAAUACGUACCACGUGAAAAGGCUUGA